AUCUCAGAAGAUCUUCGCUUCCUUGGCUAGGAAUCAUUUAGGUACCACAAUACUGAGGAAUGACCGCCUGUGGAUUGCGCGGUCAUUCUGUGUUAUCCCUGAGGCAUGCACAUUCUUCUGACCAGCCGUCCCGUUGGUGUCUACAAGUCGUCUUCGGAACGAACACUUUUUCUCCACUUGGUUGCUUUUAGCCGACGAAGAGUAUAUUUGAGACAGUUGUUUCUGUCGUGGUCGUCCUCGAAUUCUUUUCCGAUACUGCUGUGAAUCCUGCUGCAGUCUGUCCAGCACGUCCCGUGGAACCGUUCGCCUUGCCGCGCGGUAUGGAGUCUCGUAAUGCAACGCUUUGACGGGUUACCAGUGUCAAACGCGUUGCUAUUGCUGGAACAAAUCAGAGACUGCAUGCCUAGUUGUACCGUUAGCCUCAAUGCAGGGAGUGAGCAAUCCCGGUCGGACCGGGACGAACGCCAACCUAGGUUACACGGCGACUGCACAGUGCAUUGCACGAAUUCUGCGCGAGUUUCGCGAGAUCCAGCGGACGCCGUCUCCCCAUUGGUGCGCAAAUCCUUUGCAGAUUGAGGAGCCCUAUGAGUGGCACUUCACUCUUCGAGGUCCGCAGGAUUCCCAUUUUGAAGGAGGCUUGUAUCAUGGUCGCAUCGUGCUGCCGAAGAACUAUCCUUUUGCCCCACCGAAUUUGGUCAUGCUGACCCAGAAUGGCCGCUUUGAAGUGGGGAAAAAGGUCUGUCUGAGCGCCAGUAGCUAUCACCCAGAGCUCUGGCAACCAGCGUGGGGCAUCCGAACCCUCCUAGAUGCCCUCUGCGCCUUCUUCCCGACGCCGGCAGGCGGGGCGCUUCAUUCUCUCGACAGACCAGAAAAGGUACGCCGGCAAUUAGCACUCGAGUCUGUCAACUGGCUUUGUCCGACAUGUGGCAAGUCGAAUAAAGAACUCGUCGAGGCGGCGUGUGCUGCUCCAACCAGCGCGCUUCCGGACCUUCCAGAACCACUAAGGCAGCAGGCGCAGCUGCGGACAGACCAGGAAUCUCAAGCCGCACCUCUUCAGGCGGCAGACGAGAGUGGCAGCCGAGUUGAGUCAUCCCGUCGGGGCGGAACGGCGGUUGCGGCUGUCCAACAGCGGCAACAAGAGAGAAGUGUGGAUGCUGCUUUUGUCUCCUCCGCCGGAAAUGCGGAGUCCACUCGGCCUCCCAGAACUUCGGCUCCACGAGAAGAUCCUCCGCGCCACCGGAGGCGUCCUCAGAGAGGCCACCGGACGUUGAUGGCGCAGCUUCUGCAAACCCCUUUCACGAGGGGAGAGUUCAUCGUGGCAGCAGCUGAUUUGGUGUUGCUUCUCCUCGUUCUGGCCUCUGUGGUUCUGCUUGCGGAUCUAUUUGUGAAUCCCCCCAAGGUGACUAUGUAUGGGAGCUCAGGGGCUGGAGGAAAACUCUGAGAUUGCGAUGAGUCUAACAGUUGGUGGGGUCCACUUCACAGCUGUUGUCUUCUUUUCUGCAAGCGACUUGUGAAUCAGGCGAUAAUCCAAAGGAUUCUGUUCUCCAGCUUCCCCAAGGGAUAAUGCGGACAUUUUAAUUUCGGGUGGAGGGAGAAAAGUACUCGUUUGAAUGUUGGAUUCAUAUCAAGGUGUAAUUGGUCUGCCAUCAGCAGCCCGUCAUUCUUGCUAAAGUGAAAUAAACCGUGAGAGACUGAAACAUGAACUGGAGCGUAGUGAUUCUGUGGUUGGAAGGCUC